CCUCAACCAAUAUCUCUAUUUAACACAAAAAUCAGAUAAAAGUGAAACCUUUUUCAACAAACAGUGUGAAUCAGUGAUCUUUCUCUCUCAGUCUCAGCCAUGGCGCUACACCUAUGGCAAACUCUCAAAGAAGCAAUCCAUGCUUACACAGGUCUCUCUCCUGUAGUCUUCUUCACCGCCCUUGCUCUCGCCUUUGCCAUUUACCAAGUCGUAUCAGGCUGGUUCGCCUCACCGUUCGAUGAUGUUCGUAGACAUCAGAGAGCUAGAUCGUUGGCUCAAGAAGAGGAGCCACCGAUUCCUCAGCCUGUUCAAGUGGGUGAGAUCACAGAGGAGGAACUUAAACAGUAUGAUGGCUCUGAUCCCCAAAAGCCCCUUCUUAUGGCUAUCAAACAUCAGAUCUAUGAUGUAACACAGAGCAGGAUGUUCUACGGACCAGGAGGACCAUAUGCUUUGUUUGCAGGGAAAGAUGCUAGUCGAGCUCUUGCAAAGAUGUCGUUUGAGGAGAAAGACUUGACUUGGGAUAUCUCUGGUCUUGGUCCUUUUGAGCUAGAAGCUCUUCAAGACUGGGAGUACAAGUUCAUGAGCAAGUAUGCCAAGGUUGGUACUGUCAAAGUGACCAGUUCAGAACCUGAAACCGCAUCUGUGUCUGAACCUGUAGAAACCAGUGAUCGAGAUGCUCAUGUAACCACAACGCCUGAGAAGACCGUUGUGGAGAAGACUGAUGAAGCUCCUGCUGAGAGUGAUUUGAAGAAAGGAUAGAGUCCAUUUCGGAUAUAUGCUCUGAUUUGUCAUAGAGACCAGUUUUAUAAAAGGAUUGUAGAAUCUCUUAUGUUGAUGUAUCAAUGAAUAAUCUUGCUGAUUAAUGAUAACUCUUGAGUUUAUCCUUGUGUUUA